UCUUCCCCCUAUUGAAUAAAAGAGAAAAACAAAGCACUCAAGCGGAGAAAAGUAACCCAUCAUAAUCACCUCCCCUAAACAUUUUCUUCAUGUAAUUAUGUUGGACACAAAAAUGGCAUAAGAGUCCUUGUGGUUAUUAGAAUCCAUUCAAAUGGAUGCGAGGGUUGGAACCAGCAAGGAGAGUCUUCUCCCGCAGAGAAACUACACUGAUUUUAAUGGCAACAAUAAUGAUGAUGAUGAAAUACGAUGUGCACGAAUGCAAAGGAUAAAAAAUGGGUUUCGUGAAUUUUGGUUGCACCUUCACCCGAUGGAUCGUUCAGGCUUUAGAAAACUGAUGUUUGCAAUCAAAUCAGGGCUCUCCUUGGCCCUCGUUUCGCUCUUUAUAUAUGUUGAACAGGAACAACUCAACAAGUAUUCAAUCUGGGCCAUCCUCACUGUUAUUGUGGUCUUUGAAUUUAGCGUAGGUGCAACCCUUAGUAAAGGGUUAAAUCGCACUUUGGGAACAACUUUAGCAGGAGGACUUGCUUUGGUUAUUGGAGAGUUAUCCAUGUUAGCUGGAAAGUUUCGGGAGAUUGCUAUUGUAUCUAGUAUAUUUAUUGCAGGGUUUUUAGCAAGUUAUGUGAAGCAACACCCAAACAUGAAGCCAUAUGAAUAUGGAUUUCGUGUGUUCAUGUUGACAUUUUGUAUUGUAUUAGUGGCAGAUAGUAAAGAUUUUUUAACGACAUUUUAUUAUAGGCUUAUUCUUAUAGCUGUUGGAGCUGGCACAGCUUUAUUAGUAAAUAUCUUUAUAUAUCCAAUUUGGUCAGGAGAGGAUUUACAUGACUUAGUGGUAAAAAAUUUUAACGGAGUUGCAGCAUCUUUAGAAGGUUGUGUUAAUGGUUACCUUCAAUGUGUUGAAUAUCAAAGGGUCCCUUCAAAAAUUCUUAUUUAUCAAGCAUCGGAUGAUCCACUUUACAGAGGUUAUAGAGCAGCAGUACAAUCAUCAAAUCAGGAGGAAACACUGUUAGAUUUUGCAUUAUGGGAGCCACCUCAUGGUCCAUAUUACAAGUUUAACUAUCCUUGGAGAAGUUAUGUUAAUGUGAGUGGAGCCCUGAGGCAUUGUGCUUUCAUGGUCAUGGCAAUGCAUGGAUGUAUCCUUUCAGAGAUACAGGCCCCUGCUGAAAAGAGGAUGGUGUUCAGUAAUGAACUUCAAAAGGUUGGUAAUGAAGGAGCCAAAGUAUUGCGUCAACUUGGAAGUAAAGUUCAAAAAAUGGAAAAGCUAAGCAAUGCAGACAUACUCUUUGAUGUACAUGAAGCUGCUAUCCAACUACAAACGAAGAUUGACCAACAAUCAUUUCUUUUAGUCAACUAUGAUAGCUGGAAAAUAACAAGAAAGAAUAAUAAAGAAAAUGAAACUCUUGAUAAUUCAAUAGAUAUGAAAGUCUAUGAAAAUAAGGAAUAUUUGAUCAAUUUGAUUAAUAAUGAAAAUGGAGAUGAUAAUUCAAAUAGUAACAUUGAACCCUCAUUAGUGCGAGACUCAUCAAGCGUUUCACAAAGUACAACAUCACUAAAUAGAUACUGGUCUCGGCCACAUCUAACACUUCAAGGAGAAAUUAGUGAGCCUGAACUCAAAGUACAUGAAAGUGCCAGUUCCUUGUCAUUAGCAACAUUUGCUUCACUUUUAAUAGAAUUUGUUGCAAGGCUUCAAAAUCUUGUAGAUGAAUUCCAAGAUCUUAGUGAGAAGGCAGAGUUCAAAAACCAAACUUUAUAG